AUGGUUUUUCACAAAUUCGGUGAGAAGCUAUACUCAAGGCUGGUCGCCACUGUGACUGCUCAUCUCAAAGAGAUAGCUAGGUCUAUUAAAGCCACUCUAGAAGGCUCUUUUCUGGAAGAAAUGAACAGGAAAUGGAGUGAUCAUAAUAAGGCAUCAGAUAUGAUUAGAGACAUUAUGAUGUACAUGGAUACGACUUACAUCCCGGAUGCUGGUAAAACCCCUCUUCAUCAACUUGGCUUGAAUUUGUGGAGAGAGAAUGUUUAUGUAUUCAAACCAGAUAAGGACUCGACUGUUGAAUACACUUUUGAAAUUGGUCCUUCUGUUUAUGAGCAAGAAUUUGAGACUCAUUUUCUUCAAGUUUCAACUGAGUUCUACCGAGCAGAAUCCCAAAAGUUUAUUGAGUGUUGUGCUUGUGGUGAUUAUCUAAAGAAUGCUGAGAAGCGUCUGACUGAGGAAAUGGAUAGAGUGAACCAUUACUUGGAUCCCGGGACAGGAAAUAAAAUAACUAAUGUGGUAAAGAAGGAGAUGAUUGAAAAUUACAUGCUUAUAUUAAUACAUAAGGAGAAUUAUGGGUUGGUAAGCAUGCUUUGUUAUGAUAAAUAUGAUGAUUUAGGUAGAAUGUAUAACCUGUUCCGUCGUGUUACUGACGGUCUCUCAUAUUUAUACAUUCUACCCAAAUCAUCAUAUUUAUGA